UAUUCCUACGAUUUUACAUAAAAAAUGGAUAUGAAUAUACAGAAUAAAGUGAGUUAUGAUAAAACAGAACAGGCAAAUGAUAUUGUUAAUAAAUUGAACUCUGAUAAAAAUCCAACGGAAGAAGAGUUUCAGAAUUUUAUGCAUCGUGUCACUGAAGUAGAAAAAAUCGUGAAGAAACUGGUAUCUUCCGAUCCAAAAGAACAGGAAUGUGGGAAAAGGUUAGCCGACGAAAUUUUAGAGAAAGGAAUUCAAAAAGAAAUCUAUGAAGACGGAGAGGUAAAAAUUAAAACCGAUCGAUCAGUAAUUAAUAAAUACUCGUCAAAAGAAGACGACUCCAAUGAUCCGAACAGAAUGUCGCGAGAGAUGUUUAUGAAAAGCGUAGAAGAUGAUGCUAAAAAGCGUGCAGAAGAUCGAAAAAUUAGAAACGAACGGGCGGAAACGUUGAAGAGAAUUGCAAAUGGCGCAUUUAAAGAAGGUGAUUACGAGAAAGCCGUGACUUAUUAUAGCAAAGCGUUAGAACAACGUAAGGACUCCUCUGUAUUGUGGAAUAAUCGUGCAUUAUCCUAUAUGAACCUCGGGUUAUUUGAAAAAGCCUUGCACGACUGCGAAUGGACGUUGAAACUGAAUGACUCGAAUUUAAAAGCUCUUUUGAAUAGCGCUAAGUGUUACAUGCAUCUCAGAAACAGGGAAAAGAGUAGAGAGUAUAUACAGAUGGCCAAAGAAAGAAAUCCUCAUUUCAACAAAUUUAUCGACGAAUUUCAGGAAGGUAUAGAGUUUAAAUUUAACAAAUCUAACGUUCGGAUAAUCAAUGAAGAUGAAAUACAGUAGCUUCUUUUCCCAGAGGAAUAACAUUUAUGUCAAUGUCGUUUUAUAUAAUAUAUAAAAAUUAUAAUAAAUUAACGAUAGAAAUGCCUAGUACCAGUAUAUAUUUUUCUUUGUGAUUGCCUAAGUAUUCUGAAUAAUAUCAAGAUUGUUCUAUAACUGUUGCAUUACCUUCUUUAAUUUCUGACAACGAUCUUGGUUCAUGUAAGAAAACCGUACACUCAACGCCCUGAAAAGAUAUCGUAUAACAUCAAUUCAGAACUGCAAAACAAUCUUGUACAAUAAAUGUAUUCACCUGC